CGUAAAUGUAUCAAGCAUCACCCACUUUCUCAUUCAACAUCAUCUUCAUACUACAUUUGAUCCUCUUCACAAACUGUGCCACCCAAACCCAUGGCGGAGGAGAAGCACCACCACCACCUCUUCCACCACAAGAACAAGGAGGAAGAAGGCGGCCCCACCGAUUAUGAUAAGGAAAUGAAACACCAUAAGCAUCUUGAGGAAAUUGGUGAACUUGGCACUGCUGCUGCUGGUGUCUACGCCUUGCAUGAGAAACAUGAAGCAAAGAAAGAUCCAGAGCAUGCACACAAACACAAGAUAGAGGAAGAGAUAGCAGCUGCUGCUGCAGUUGGAGCUGGUGGAUAUGCAUUUCAUGAGCACCAUGACAAGAAGGAUGCUAAGAAAGAAGAAAAAGAAGCUGAGGGAGGAAAGCAUCACCACCACCACCAUUUCUAAAUUACAUUGGUUUUGGACGUUUAAAUCUGCUGUGAAUUGAGUUCCCUUUCCUGUAUGGAGUAUAAUUGUGUUUUCCUACUGUAAUGUUCUCUAGUGGAUAUAUGCUUCCAUAAAUAAUCAUAUGUGUUUUUGACUUU